AUGGAUGCAGAUGCCAGCGGAAUCAAGAGACGCAAGACAGCGGCCACAUUUGCAUUACUGAAGAGACCACAUAGAACAGCUCGUGAGAAGAGCGAAUUUGUAAGCAUGGAAGUUGGUAUGCGCGAGUUCAAGAAACGUCUUGCUUCCUCAGACUUGAAUGACGCAAGUGUUGCAGAUAUUAAUGUAGUUGAAGAUCUGACGCAAAAAAUUAAAACUAAUGAUGCGAGAAAUUUAUCUUCUCGAAAAACGGUCGCGAAGAUCGCAACGACAAAUGGGAAGAAGGUGGCCGCGAAAAAGAAGGUGGCCGCGAAAAAGACGGUGACCGCAACUAAGUUAUUGACUAGAAAGCCAAUGGUGGAUAAAAGAAAGACACCAUCAAAGAGAACAAGGAAUACCGCGGCAAAAUUAACUCUUGCCGAGGUGAAAGCGCAGCUGGAACAGGAGCAGAAAGACAGAGUUGAGUAUCGUGUUCUGACGCUUCAACGUGAUACGAAACCUGUUGCUAGGUCACCAGCUUCAAUCGGUGCACUUAAUCCUGCUGUUAGUAAGACAAAUCCUGAUCGUGCUGUAAUUAUGAACACGUCUGCAAAUAUCGACUCGAGUAUUGCUGUGCAGUCACAUAGCACACUUUACAACUCGGUAAUUAAGGUAGAAUCGACAGCAACGGUCACAAAUUCUGAUGAAACAAAUUAUCAUUUUGCGAAUUCAGAAGCAAAUUUGUCAUGUGCUGUUCCCGCUUCAAGCCUUUGUGCAGCCGUACAAUCGGCAAAGCUGGUUAAUAAAACCUUUAUUUCUGAUGAUACGGAAGAAGAUUUUAUGUUUGCUAUGGUGCUUGACGAGGUGGAGCAGAAGCUUGCAUCGCCUCCAAAAAUACAUUCUAGCAGUAAAAAUGUGGCGGCCACAGAUUCUAUUGCUGUAGCUCCAAACAGCUUUCAGGCGUCUGAAGCUACGACUUAUCCCGCUUCUAUCAUAGGUACCGAACCGCAGAUAGAAAAGCAGCCGAGUCAAUUCGAAAAUACUUCUUACCAACAUAGGUCGGUUGCAGUUGUGGAUAAAAUGCUUAAUGGCGAUGGAGUGCUUGGGGUGCUGGAAGAGAUGGAUCGCUUAAGACGCGAAAACGAUUAUCUUAGGCGGUCUAACGAGCUUCUUCAAACUGCAGUAAGGAUACCAGAGUAUUCAAUUAAAAAGUGCGAUAAGCUAGAUCUUCUCGACCAAUCAACGAUCCACAGCCCGACAAAUGAGAUCUUGCAGGUAUCUAGAAAUUCUGCUUUGGUCUCUGCGGUCCUUCCAUCGACCAGGUGUCACAGUGACCAGGAUAUAAAAAUCGAAGUGUCCGCAAGGAAAAAUGAUCAAAAAUCGAGAUGUGGAACGAUUCUGCACUCCGCCGAAACACAAAGCAACAAUAUAGAAACACAGGGUAAAACUUAUCGAGAUAUACAUCGGGAUGUCGAUACAUCCGAGAAAAAAACUUUCAGUGACGGCCCUUAUAAAGGUGGCACAAUAGAAAUGCCUCUUGCUGAUCCAGAUCACAACACAUGCAAAGGGACUGAUCUGCUUAAAGUCGAAUUUUGCGAACUACCAUCGACAAAUUUGUCUGGCCCUUCUUUGGAUAUUCAAAUUAAGCAUGAACAUGACUGUAAACAAGAAAUUGACAAUAUACAACAAGCACCUUCAGUGGAACGUCGUGAAUCGAAUAUUCAGCCUGAAAACCGCAUAAUAUUUGCCAAGGAUGGAAGUGAUGGAGAUCCAAUCCAAGUUAAUUGCAAAAGGCAAGUAAUCGAGAAAGAUGAGCAUACUGAUCAAGAUGCGGACACAGAGGAUAUGAUUUCGGGAACCAUGACGUUCAACCGAGAAAUUUGUGCAGAAUUUCAAUCUAAUCACGAAAUACAGAUGGUUGCUUGUGAAGAAGAGUAUGGCUCAGAGAAUCACACAUUUAUUAUUGCUCAAAUUGAUGAAGAGGUGGCUAUAACACAGUCAUCGUUUAGUCAUCCCGCUCCAAAAGUGUUACUUUGCGAAGCAUCGACAAAUGCGCCAGCAAAUAUCAAGCGAAAAAUUAUUUCGAGCACAAAAGAUUUAAAGGCCGAAAUUGCUUGUGAAGAUGGAGAGAAAGCUGCGGGCGGCCAAAUUUUCAAACGACAAGACGCUACCUCCCUUUCAUCAUCAUCCGCAUCUAGUACGGACGUUGAAGAAGGCGAAAGCGAUGACACGUCCAGCUCGAACGUCCUAGAGGCUGCUUUGGAAGCUAUUAGAAGUGACCCUGGCCGAAAGCACCGAAUGCCGUCAUCUGAAACUAAUAAAGUUGAAAUUAAAAGUGAAACAAUCUUUCCAGCAUCAAAGACGUCAACAUCAAUCGCAACCUUGACGUCGCCUUUGAUUUCAACACAAAAAGAAAAUUAUAAGAGCACAGGAUUUUCUUCAAAUCUCUCGAAGAAAGUUGAAAAGGGGAAAUGCUCUUUGCUUUGGCCAGCGCUAAACGAAUUUUACGAUUUUUUGCUGAGGAUGUCAGCAAAUUAUGACGUUCGGUCCGAGAAUACCAAUAUCCAUCUCUCCCAAUAUGCCAGUGGGAAACUCCCUUCUCGAUACACAAGCAUUGAGGACUAUUGUAACGCACAGCAUGGGGCAAUUUUAGAAGAAAUGGCAGCAUCGGUUAGUACUUCAAUGACUGCAGGAGUUAAUGAAAGUUUUUAUCCAAUUCGGCAUUUGUCUCUCGCAUCUGUGACACCAUGUGGAGAACAAGGGAUGUCUGCCUUAUCAGCUGGGCUGACUUUAGGAGCAAUUUUCACUGAGAGUGGUUUUUGUGGAAACGCAUCCGGUAACGAGUACAUCCUUACGUUUAAAAAUUCUGCUGGUUCUAAUUUUGUGAUUGGAGAUUUGGUAAUUCUGCGCUCGCCUCGCUGGAAACAUCACCAAAUUCGAAGUUUUGGUGUUGUCCUGUGCGACUCUGUGGUCGCAGUUGGAGUUUCUAGGGGCAAGAGUGAAUUAUCAAGAGAGAGUGAUCAGAUUUGUGUUCUCAUUCGCGUUCAAAGAAAUGGUCAAAAUGAUGGCAUGGAGAGUUUCAAUUUGCUAAUAAAAAGAUGUCUCUUAAAUCAGCGUGGUUCUAACUGGCGAUGGUCUUUGCAGCAAGUACACAAUACGACCACAAGUGCUCGCGAGUUCCAGGCAAUUAAGGCAGUAUCGUAUUUGUCCAACGAUCUAAAGCAAGUUUUAGUAAGCGGAAAUUUAUCGUCUGUCUCUAACGCGGAUGAGAAGAAUGUUGCAAUGGCUUCGAUGCUUUUGCCAUGCAUGCUGAAACACCUGAAUGAGCACUAUAAUUACUCACAAGUGCGGGCCAUUCUUGGGUGCUUGGGGGAAGACAAGAGGGUGAUUAUUCAAGGACCGCCAGGUACAGGUAAAAGCAAAACAAUUUUGGGCCUUCUUUCUGCUCUGCUAGAUGGUGCUGGUAUAUCUUCGCUACGUAAAGCAAAGGGCACUUCUCGAAUUCGCGCGGGAGCGUCGUUAAAAAAAACACCCACAGUGGUGUCGAAAUCAGCAGAUGAAACUGUUAUUCGUGUUCUUGUGGCUGCACCUAGUAAUGCUGCCGUCGAUGAACUCGUUUUACGGGUGCUAAGUGAAGGUUUGUAUGACGGUGAAAAGGGUUCCUUUUACCGUCCACGUAUCGUGCGCGUCGGUCGACCAGAAUGCAGUCAACAACUUUCGGGUUUAGACGCGGCUCGAGAAAUAGGUGGGAGCGAGAAGAAUCGCACAAAAAUCAAAAAGUACGCUUGCGGGGUGGAAAAAGUCUUACUAGAAAAUUUGGUAUCAGCACAUCGCAGCGCUUUUUCAACCAUGAAGGAGGCGCGCCAAGCGAUUAUUAAGAACGCACAGAUUGUGUUUUGCACACUGAGCGGUGCGGGAUCCGUGGCGAUGUGUGAGUUCAAACAGAACUUUGAUGCACUAAUCAUUGAUGAAGCUGCUCAGGCUGUAGAAGCCAGCGCACUUAUUCCUUUCAAGUUCAGACCGCAACGAGUUGUUCUGGUUGGCGAUCAUCGACAACUUCCAGCCACGGUUAUCUCUCAAAAGCUCGUGGCAAUGGGCUACGAUCGUAGUUUGCAGCAGAGACUGGUCGAGAACGGCUCGCCGGUACUGCUGUUGACUCAGCAGUAUCGAAUGCAUCCUGAGAUCGCCAAAUUUCCGUCGACCUAUUUUUACAACGGGCAGCUUGUACAGGAUGAAAAAGUGUCCGAAUGGACUACGCAGGACUACCAUGCCGAUUCUACCUUCAAGCCAUUGCUGUUUUAUGAUGUGCAAGGAGUUCAGAGUCAGGUCAGUGGGUCCACUUCAUUGCGUAACAUGAGCGAGGUUGAAGCCAUUAUUCAGAUCAUUCGACGCCUUAUCAUUCGAUUCCCUUGCACUGACUGGAAUAAGCGCAUCGGUGUCAUCGCUCCUUACAAGCAGCAAAUCGUCGAAGUUCGUGAGGAAAUGAAGAAGUUGGAGGCAGAAUUCAGUUGCCGGCUUAGUGUAGAGGUGAACACAGUGGACGGCUUCCAAGGUCGCGAGAAAGAGAUUGUCAUUUAUUCUUGUGUUCGUACAUGCCACGGUGGCCUUAGAAAAAAAAAACGGCGUCGUCAUGGAAAAGAAGUGAAGGAAGCCCUUGAUGCUUUUUGGGCAGACGAGCGACGGAUGAAUGUUGCUAUCACUCGCGCUAAGAGCAGUUUGUGGGUCGUCGGUAAUUCGACGUUGCUAAAACAUAGUGUCGCGUGGCAAGCUUUCAUCCAACAUGCAAAAGACCACAAGAGAUACAUCAAGAAUAGUGAUCAUAUCCCUUCCGCUGCUGCUGGCUCUUAA